AGCUCAGUCUUGCUAGAGAAGAGUGGUCCUGCUCCUUCCAGGACUCUUGCUCUUUUGGGCGCGCCAUAAAAUCGAGGUGCAAGAAGAGAGGAAAAAUCUCCAGAUACCUACAGGAUUAAUUUCUUCCCAAAAAAAAUGAUCAACAUGCAAAAGUCUUGUGAUGAAAACGAAGGAACAACCCAGAACACACCAAAGGCAGAUGAAGGCCAUCCUUCGGAAGAUCCGCCACAUCAGGCAGAAGGAAAUCUUCAGGCUUCUGAAGAAAGUGUGAGGGAGGAAGCUGAUGGAAGCCUUAGAGGAGAGCCUGCUCAAGCCAGCCCAGAACCUAAAGAGGACACUCCUGCAAGGCAUCUGAACCCUGAAGAAGUGAUAAGAGGCGUAGAUGAGCUGGAAAGGCUUAGGGAGGAGAUAAGAAGAGUAAGAAACAAGUUUGUGAUGAUGCAUUGGAAGCAAAGACAUUACCGAAGCCGUCCUUACCCUGUGUGCUUCAGACCUUGAACUCUUUUCUCUGAUACUGAGAUCUGGCUGCUGCUUUCUUUCUCUUAGCAUUUUCUGAUGUAUCUUUGAACUCCAUUUUACUUUUAAUUACCUGGUGGUUAUUUUCUUUUAGGUAGUUGUUGUUACCAGCAUCUCAUUGGAUUUUGGAUUUUGACCCAUUUUUUCACGUUUGUUUUUCAGUUGGAAAGUUUCACACUUAUGCAUGGAAAUGUGUUCGUUCCAUAUGAAACAAUUAAAGAGCAAAUUUUAAGGCAGCAUAUUUAGGAUCAGCUCACAUAUAUAGGAAAAUUCCUAAUUAUGUGUGUACAUGUAUAAUUAUACGUAUCUCAAAAAAAUCAUCAG